UUUUCUUUCUUUUUCAAAAAUCCUUUUAUCUUCUCGUUACGGCUGUUCUUCAGGCCGAGAGCUUUGGCGAGUUGUUGCUGAGUCACUAAACAUCGCUCGUCUGGGCCGAAAACGUUUUAUCGGCGACGACGAUGAGAGAACACCACAUGUUGAUCUCUUAUAUGGUCCACAUGGAUGGGUUGAACAUGUGGAUGAUCAUGGAAUAAGAUUCAUCUAUGAUGCCUCGAAGAGGGUAUUCAACAAUAAGAAAGUGCCAGAAAUGCAGCGAAUAUCUGAAUGGGAUUGUCAUGGUGAAACUGUUGUGGAUAUGUACGCUGGUCUCGGCUAUUACUCUCUCCGAUUUCUCGUUUGUUGUGGAGCUAAGCAAGUGAUCUCAAUUGACUGGUCUGACGAUAUGUGCGAAGCACUCAAGAGAACAGCCGAGGCUAACAAUGUUCAAGACCGCAUGGUCAUAAUCGAGGGCGAUAGUAGGAGGGUGACCCCAUGUGCAGUCGCCGACCGAGUAUUUCUUGGUUUGAUACCGUCCUGUAGAGCGCACUGGCUUACAGCCUGUAAAGCUCUUCGCCCAGAAGGCGGAAUGCUUCAUAUACAUGAA